AUGUCUUCAGUUAAGGUGGCCGUGCGGGUUCGUCCAUUCAACGACCGCGAGAAAAACAUGAAUGCGGUGCUCUGCAUUUCUAUGGAAGGAAAAAGCACCACAAUAGAAAACAAAGAUGAUGCGAAAAACGCCACGAAGACUUUUGCUUUCGAUUAUUCAUAUUGGUCACACGAUGGGUUCGAAGUGGACGACUCUGGUUACUGCAGACCAGUAACCACCAAGUACGCAGAUCAACAAAGGGUUUACGAAGAUGUGGGUAAAGACGUACUCAACAAUUCGUUUGAAGGGUAUAAUGCGUGCCUAUUUGCCUAUGGUCAAACUGGAUCAGGGAAGAGUUACUCUAUGGUUGGGUACGGAGCUAAUAAGGGUAUUAUCGUUCGAGCAUGCGAAGAAAUAUUUCAACGUAUACAGCAGAAAGCAGACCCCAGUCUCAGAGCCGAGGUUCUUGUAAGCAUGCUGGAAAUUUAUAAUGAGCAAGUGCAAGACCUGCUUCAGCCAAUGGACAAAAGACCCAAGGGAGGACUGAAAAUCAGGCACACUCCUCAGCUAGGCACAUUUGUACAAGAUCUCAGCAAGUGUCCAGUGGAUUCAUAUGCAGCAAUUCAGGCAAAAUUAGAUGAAGCCGACUCGGGGGAGCCAGUUUCACAGAAGUGUUCAGAGAUAAACCUCGUAGAUUUAGCAGGUAGCGAAAGAGCUGGAUCAACCGGUGCAACCGGAGACAGACUUAAGGAAGGAUGCGCCAUCAAUCAAAGCCUCAGCGCCCUUGGCAACGUCAUAUCCGCUCUUGCAGAUAAGGCUGCAGGGAAGCUGAAGCCAGGGCAGGUGAUACAUGGCACAUCAUCGAAACAUCACGCGCCGCCGCGACGACUCAAAAGAAACACCACCUACAUCCUACUCAGCUGCGCCUGUGUCGUGCCAUACAGGGAUUCGGCGCUGACGCGCAUUUUGCAAACAGCUUUGGGCGGGAACAGUAAAACUUGCAUGAUUGCUGCUCUCUCUCCAGCUUCUGUCAAUUACGAAGAGACCCUCAGCACUCUUCGCUACGCAGAUAGAGUGAAACAAAUAAAAAAUGAGGCCGUGGUUAACGAAAAUCCGCUAGAAAAGUUGAUUCGCGAACUCAGAGAAGAAAAUGAGCGACUCAAGAAGGCAAUGGGCGGUGCCUUGCCUGCGCCUACUGGAGGUACAGAGCCAGACCCAGCUAUGAUAGACGCUAUAAGGAAGCAGUAUGAGGAAGAGAUAGAGGCAAACAAAAGGGCUAUGGAAGAGAUGACAGUCUCUGACGUGGUAUUUUAUGGAUACGCACUGCGGAAGCAGAACAUACUCACUUCAGUGAAAUACAGAUCAUGGCUCUCCAGGUCUCUUAUUAUUCAGAUGUCGUGGCAGCAAAAAGUGGAGGAGGAGAAAAAAAGGGCAGCAGCUACUAGGAAGCCGGAGGAGCAGGCUGAGCUGACACUCCCUACACUACAAAAUCUCAACGAAGAUCCAUUCCUAACUGGGAAAAUAAUUUGCGUCAUUAAGGAAGGCACGAGUACAUUUGGCAAAGCCGAUGGAGAGGAAGCGCCGACCUUCCGUAUCGGUGGCUUGGGCGUGGUAGCAGGGCACGCUACAGUGACUUGUAAAAAAAUACAGAACGACGCAGAGGAUCCAGAAGACAUAGUUUACAACGUCGUCCUGAUGGCCACAGGGAAGACAAUGGUAAAUGGGACUGAACUGCAGGAAGGAGAGCAACGACAACUGCAACACAAGGAUAGGAUAUUAUUUGGGCACAACAACCUCUAUGUAUAUGUUGACCCCCUGGAUAUGGAUAAGACCAUGCCAUCGUGGGAAGAAGCAAUGAAAGAAGUGAAGAAGGAUCAGAUGGAAGCAUAUGGCCAGACACUUCGCACUGAAGAGGAAGUGGAGAGAGAGAAAAAAUUCCGGGAAACACUCAAAGAGCUAGAAGUUGAAAAGAAAGCUCUAGAGCAGGAGAGGCAGGCGCUGCUCAAAAGACUGGAGCAGAAGGAGCAAGAGUUACUUGCAAGCGGCGAAACGCAGGAGGUGAUACAGACCAAGCUUAAAGCCCUACAAGAGGAGAAACAAGAAAUCGAGCGGCAGUUGCAAAACAAGCAGGACGAACUAAGCGCACGUGAACUUAGGCUUAAAAAGGAAAAAGCAGAAGAGGAGGCGAGGAAAGAGGAGGAAAGAGCCGCUCGAAUUGAGCUAGAUGAAAUAAUGACAAGAACAUCAUUACUAGUAGACGAGGCAAAUAUGAUUGCACAAGAACUAGGCGUUGGGGCUUUCUUUUCUCCGAAACUCACAAUGCGCGGAGACGCUGUAGGGAGGGGCGCAAGAGCAACCCUUGGUGGUACUGUAAUGCAAAGGCUAGAAAUUAUGAUUAGAGUUGACAGAAUGGAUUCAGAUAUUACUCAGCUAUGGCCAUUAGAUCUAUUUGAAAGAAAGGUGUUCGAGAUGCGAGAAAUCUAUGCUAAUUGGUCUCCGGAGCCAGGACAGCCGUUGAUUCUACCUGAUAAUAUGGCAGAUCCCUUCGCACCUGAUCCCGAGUCGCACCAGGUUGUGGGACAAGCGUACGUGUAUCUUGAGACAAUCAGAAGCCUGCUGCCAAUAGAACAAGAGCCGUUCCCUAUUUUCGAUUCUAAGGGACAGAAGCAGGGAACUCUUGUGGUAUCGAUUGAUAUUCAAGUCGGACCACCAAGAGCUGACAUCGAAGGGGAGGACGAAUUGGUAGCUAGGCGCCUAGAAGAUAUUGAUGACUUCGAUUCAGUUGAAGACGUUAGAGGGCGAGUGCUGACGAUUACAAUCACUGUGCACUCUGCAAACAAUUUGCCCGAAAGGUCCUGCAGGCAUCCACAAGUGUUGUACCGUUGGCUCGAUGGAAUGACAGAAGUCUCUGCAAUUUCCCUUGAAGAGUCUAGUCGCGAUGUCGUUUUCAAUAGCUCCAGGGAGUUUACUCUUGAUGCUAAUGAGGUUGUCGUUGAGUGGCUUUCUGGCGUCCUGGUAUUUGAAGUCAGUGGGAAGUUUGUGGACAAGACAGGGAAAGGCAAGGGUGAAAAAGGAUUAGGGGUGCAGAAGCUCGAAGAGGAACUGAAGGAAAAGAAAGUUCUGCUGCAAAAAAUCGAAGCAGCACUUAAAAUGCAGGGCAAUUCGCUUCAAGAAUUACUACAAAAGGCCGGAAUCGACCCAAAAAGCAUAAGUGCGGAAGGGCCUGCAAGAGAUGAAGGGGAGAAAAGGAAAGAAAGGAAGACCACGGACCAGAAAGAGGAAGAAAAAGGAAAUACUGCCACGGAUAGUGUGCCUUCAGUUUCUUUUGAAGCUCAGCAAAGCAAUGAUGCCUACCAAAAGGCCCCAGAUAUGCCUCUUGGGGAAAUCAGCCAACACGGAGCUUCUAGCCCGACUGAUGGUGGAACUGAUCUGCAAAAUAUAGAAGGACAAAAGACUUCAGGAGAAACCGCAGAAGGCCAAGAUUCAGCUGCAAAUGAGGCCAAGACAGCAAGACACGACACAGUUGAUGCGAGGAGUCCUGGGGAUGCCGGAGGAAGUGUAGCAGAGCUCAUACCAACAGCACCCACCGAUCCAAUGGAAUCAACUGAAGAGAAAUCACCUGAAGCAGCGGAUUCUCCAGAGCAGCAUCCACCGACAGUACAGGCAGAAGAAAUGACAGCCAAUGAUGGAGCCCAAGAAACGGGCUAG